CUGCCUGCGGCUGGCGGCGGCGGGCGAGCACGCGGGCGGCGGCGCGGCGCGCGCGGCGCACCGGCUGCGGCGCGCGCUGUCGCUGCUGCUGCACGCGCGCACGCACCUCGCGCACGACCACGCGCGCUGCAGGUCAUGGGAGCCGGCAGCAUCGAAAAGACUGAAAAGGAACAGUUGAAUUUGGCGGCUCGUGGCUGCUCGUUGGCUGGCCGCGCCGACAGUGUGCGUCGUGCGCUGCGCUCGCUCGUGCGCACGCUCGCACACAUCUAUCCGCAAGCCGUACCGCAGGAGGCGGUUGGCUGGAACGAGGUAUCUGGUGAAGGCGAUAGGGGCAAUGUGGGCAUUGAGGAUAGCAGGGGUGACGGGGGUGAAGCGAGCGUAAGCGGUGGAUUGAAGGUAUCGAGCGUUGAAACCGCUACUGACACGCUACCCGUACCUCGAGCCUUCGCGGACAGUCGACGCUCGUCUGCAGCCUCUGCUGUCUCAGCUGCCUCGCUGCAUUCUGAAAACAUUCCAGACGUAGAUGAAGACAUAGCUAAUUUAUUGAAUUCACAACCAGGAGAACAACAACAAACGCUAGAUGUAGAAAAACCAGACCCCAACAAAUUGAACUUAGUCUCACCGCAGGACCGCCUUUCCAUAUCAAAUCUGUCCUCCUGCGAUACUAGCUCCUGCAAAAAUCGCUUAAGGCCAGACACGGAUCGAGUCACGGCCUAUAGCAGCAGCCUAACAAUACCAAAUUUAGUUAUCUCGAGUGAUAGUGAUAAGAGACAUUCGAUAGUACAGGGAGAAACUUAUGAAUCGGACCAAUUGACUAUUAUAGAUAUCGACAGACCGUAUACGGACGAUGUUCACUUCCGAGAAUUGAGCGAGAGAAUCACAUCAGCUAGUGGUGAUUGUACGCCAGAACGGAAGCUUUCUAGUGUAGAUUUGGAGGUAGAUGCGAGCAGUUCAGAGGGGUCAAACAUUAGUGAAGAUUUUAGUUUAAUGUCGGAGAUAAUUGACACUAAACCGGAGGAUCUUGUCGAAGGCGGUAUAGGGCAUAUAGAUUCACCUGAGAUCUCAGAGACGACAUAUGCCAACUCUGAAACAAUUCAUGGUGAGUCAAUUAUGGAUGAUAUUAGUUCUAUGCUUGGACAGGAAGUCCUGUUAGCUAUGAUGGGUAAGAAUGGCGAUAACGAAACAUACACCGAUGACACAACCUUGUUUACCUCGGAUACGGUUUCGGACAUUCCUAUGGAUAGCAGAAACCCUAGCUUAGAAAGAAAAACUGAAGGAAGAACAAAACACUUUUCCAAAGUUAAAAAGCGAAAAGAACCCGAGGUAGAAAAGUUUGGUUUCGAAAAUAGAGUCUUCUACAUUGAAAACGCACCGAAAGCCGACGAUCAAAUCAAGUAUUGCAGCUUAGCGCAGUUUGAAGAAGGAAGCGAUAUAGCUAGGAAGUCUUUUCGAAAGCAACAUAAGAAAAGCAUCAAAAAGCGUAUAGGCGAUGAUGGUACUGUGAAACAUCUUUUGCCUAAAACUGCAGAAGAACAGACCCCAAAAGAAGAUUCUCCUAUUCGAGCUUCUUCUAAACCGACAAUGCUUCUCAACGAAGAAAUUACUACUAAAGUAAAAGAUCAAGUGCCAAUGUUUCCCCAAGUUAGUGUCGUAGUUGAACCGCCAUCACCAUCACAAAGUGAAGGAAAAAAGAGCCUGAAGAAUAACGGAAGUCGUAUGGCAUCAGUUCUUAAUGACAUCUUCGAGCCAGGAACUGAUACAUUAAGUGUUCAUUCUCCAGAACCAAACAUUACCAACAGUAGGGAGAGAAGGCAAUCGGAUAACCCGAAGCUCUUAGGCUCUUCAGAUCCUGAGUAUGGAAAAUUUCUCAGUUGUUCACCUGCAGCUACUAGACGAAUAUCUUGCGGCAGCCUUUUCAAGCCGGGAGAACCUGACAACAGGUUAUCCACAUCGGUAUCUUCAAUAUGGGGUGAAGGUGGUGUCAUGGGCAAUAUGGGUUCUUCGAAGUCCGAUACGAGUGAACGUGCCAAGAAAUUGCCAAUCAUUAAUCCUCUGGUACAACUACCCAGUUGGCCUCACGUCACACAAGGAUUUAUAAGCCAGUGCCUUUUGGCUAACGCUGACGCUUUGUGCGCUGCUGUAAGUCCACUGAUGGAUCCAGAUGAUACUCUUUUAGAGGGGUUUUAUGAAAAAGCCGUAAUGAACAACUACUUUGGAAUUGGUAUCGAUGCGAAGAUAACCUUGGAUUUUCAUAAUAAAAGAGAGGAACAUCCAGAGAAGUGUAGAUCCAGGGCGAGAAAUUACAUGUGGUACGGCGUGCUGGGAUCGAAGGAAUGGGUCAAUAGAACUUACAGACAUCUUGGACAACGUGUGCAACUUGAGUGCGAUGGACAGAGGAUACCAUUACCAGAACUCCAGGGCAUCGUAGUGCUGAAUAUUUCAUCGUUCAUGGGGGGUACCAACUUCUGGGGCGGAACUAGAGCAGACGAUAUAUUUCUUGCUCCUUCGUUCGAUGACAGAAUUCUCGAGGUGGUGGCGGUGUUCGGGUCGGCGCAGAUGGCGGCGUCGCGGCUGAUCAACCUGCAGAAGCACCGCAUCGCGCAGUGCCGCGCCGUGCAGAUCAACAUCCUGGGCGAGGAGUGCGUGCCGGUGCAGGUGGACGGCGAGGCGUGGCUGCAGCCGCCCGGCUGCGUGCGCAUCAUACACAAGAACCGCGCGCAGAUGCUGUGCCGCUCGCGCGCGCUCGAGACCAGCCUUAGAGCGUGGGAUGAAAAACAGCAGCAAAAGGCACAGUCGGGCAGCUCUUUGUCUCAGUCGGAAGCGGCACAGUUACUGGCACUUCUAGACGACGUUAACACAUUAGUUAAACACGUUAAGCUGGCGUGUAUAAGUGAGGCGGGCUCUGGUGGCAGUGCGUUGAGUGCAGCCCGACGUGUCGCCGCACGCGCCGACGCGCUGCAAGACGCGGAGGGCCGCCUGCUGCCACCGCCUCAGCUGCGACGUCUGCUCGCAGCGUUGGUGGAGAGCUGCCACGAGCUGCUGGAGAGCGGCUGCGCGGGCGCCGGCGCGGCGGCCCGCGUGCGCGCGCAGCUGGCGCGCUGCGACACGCGCGACGGGCUCGCCUACCUGCACGCGGACGACCCGCCCUCCUAUAGGGGCGCGGGACGCUGGCUCCGCGGACGCAGAAGUGUCUCCGAGGGAAGCAGUACUUCGUUCACCGCGGCGCAAGUUCGCAACUGGGGCGUCAAAGAAGUCCAAAGUUGGCUCGAGUCGAUGCAACUUGGCGAAUACUCCGAAGUUUUCGCUAAGCAUGACGUCACGGGAAGGGAGCUCCUAUCGUUGGCAAGACGCGAUCUUAGAGACCUGGGCAUCACAAAGGUGGGGCACGUCAAGAGGAUAUUACAAGGUGUUAAGGACUUGCAGUGA